AUGAAGCUGCUCAUCGUCUUCGCCCUUUUUGGCGUGGUCCUUGGCACUUCUCUAUCGGAUUCUCAAGAGACUGCAACGAAGGAACAGCGCCCUAUUAGACUUUGCGGAAAGGUACUAGUCGGUGCAAUCCAAAAGAUUUGUACCAACGGUACGAAGACUACCACCAAGGAUGCCCUACAAAACACGAAUCUCAAUGAAGAAUGUUGCGUCAAAGGUGUCUGCACACAUGCUCUGCUCCGGUCCAUGUGUGCUGAA